CCUGAAAUGUUUCGAGUGUAACACUGUCGGACACUUAAGCAAGUGUUGUCCUCGUUCUAACAAGACCGGUGCUGUUGACAAUGUGCAGAUUUUGUCCGUGUCUGCUAAGGAUGACGUAUGUCCGGUCGUUCAGUCAGUGUCGUGCCCGUACUAUGAUGCCUUCAUUGAGAUGAAGCGUGUCAGGAUGCUGGUUGACACCGGCUCGGCGGUCAGCAUCGUCCCAGCGAGGACGUACUGGCAGCUCUUCAGUCACGUCCCUCUCCGUCCUGCGGGUAAGCUCGCCCAGUGGAACGGCAGCGGCAUUAAGGUGCUGGGUAAGAUGUCAGCUGACGUCACAGGACCGGACCAGCUCUCCGUUCCAGCGGAACUGUACGUGGCGGUGGGUGAUGUACCGAUCAUGGGCCGUGAUCUCCAGCAUCAGCUCGGAGUCACGGUGAGCCGUGGCAGUGUCGUCUGCCAGGUGAAGCAGGAUCAGGUGCUGCCAGCCAUCAAGGGAUUCGUCCACAAGGUGCGUCUGAUUCCCGGAGCUGUGCCCAGCACGCCACACCUGAGGACUCUACCGUACGCUGUGCGGCAGGAGGUCAGUGACCAUCUGGAGUCCCUGGAAGCCCAAGGAGUCAUCGAGAAGGUACCCUGUGGCUCUUCGCCCUGGUUGUCCCCGAUUGUCGUGGUCCGGAAGCGAGGAGGAGAGGGCCUGAGGAUCUGUCUCGAUCUGACGGCGGUGAACAAAGCCAUUGUCGCAAACGGCUACCCCAUCCCACCGAUGCAGGAAAUGCUGGACAAGCUCCGAGGUGCCAAGGUGAUGUCCAAGCUCGACAUGAAGUCAGCCUAUCAUCAACUGGAGCUGCACGAGGAGUCCAGAAACCUCACUGCUUUCGUGCAUGAGGGUCAGACCUGGAGGUACAAGCGGUGCUGCUUUGGGCUCAAAAGUCUUCCGCAGUGUUUCCAGAAGCUCAUGGAGACUGUUCUGCAAGGCAUCCCUGGGGUUCAAGUCUACCUGGAUGACGUACUGGUCACAGCGCCCACCCGUGCAGAGCACGACGCGAGGCUUAGCACCGUCAUGAAGCGGCUGAAGGACUACGACAUCACGCUGAACGGGGACAAGUGUCUGCUAGGUGUUGUGUCGCUGGAGUUCCUGGGGUUCGUCGUGUCGGAGCGUGGGAUCGAAAUCUCACCAGAUCGGGUCCAAGGUCUUCGAGACAUGGGACAACCCCAGAACACCAAGGAGCUCCAGGCUGCACUGGGGUCCCUCGCGUUCUACAGCAAGUUCGUGCCCAACUUCAGCUCUCGGGUAGAACCUCUGCGGCAGCCGCUGAGGAAAGACGCCCCAGCCUUCCGGUGGACGGAGGAGAUGACAGCUGCGCUGGAGUAUGUGAAGUCGGCGAUCCUGAACUCGUCUGCGCUGGCACCGUUCGACCCCAGUCUGCAGACGUUCGUCACGACCGACGCCAGCGACGUUGGUCUCGGGGCCGUUCUCUCACAGAUCCACCCAGAUGGAGAGAGAGUGGUGGCAUUCGCCUCCAGCACGCUCAGCGCAGCACAGCGCAAGUACAGCGUAACUGACAGAGAGGGCCUGGCAUGCGUCUGGGCGUGUCAGAAGUGGCACAAGUACCUGUGGGGCAAGGAGUUCGUUUUGCGGACGGACCACGCUGCCCUUCGCUCUCUGCUGUCUGCCAAGGGCAUCGGUCGGGCCAGUAUGCGAAUGUCUCGCUGGGCCGUCAAGCUGAUGAACUAUGCGUUUCAGGUUCAGCACAUCGAGGGGAAGUUGAACCAGGCUGAUGGCAUCUCACGCCUUCCCGGCAGUCAUGGGGUUGCAGAAGACGAGGACCAGCUGGUCGCAGCCCUGGAGGAGAUGAUGCCGGCGGUGAGCAGCGCUGAUAUCGCCGCAGCAGGCCUUGAAGAUGACGAGGUCAAGCUGGUGAGUGAUAAUGGAACCCAUUUCACGUCAGCACGGUUUGCAUCGUUCUUGCAGGCUAACGGGAUCAAACACAUCAAGGUGUCCCCGUAUCAUCCAGCAGGUUCCGGAGCUGUGGAACGCUUCAACCGCAGUCUGAAGUCUGCCAUCCAGAUAGGUGAGCAGCAGAAGGCAGACAGGCGGCGGCACGUUCAGCAGUUCCUGAUGGUGUACCGGGCGACGCCGCACGCCACGACGGGGCGCAGCCCGUCAGAGCUGCUGCACGGACGCCAGCUGCGGACGUCACUGGAGAACGCCGUGGUGCAGAGCAGUGACUGCAGAGGUGACGGCGCCAUCCAACAGCACGUCCGGAAGAAGCAGCGAAAGAUGAAGCGGUAUCAUGACCGAACGGCAAGGAAGCCCGACAUAAAGGUAGGCGAUCUCGUUCGCUAUCGCCUGAUGCCAAGGCCGCGCAAGGGAAAACCUCGGUUUUCCAAGCCAUGUGUCGUCACCGCACAGCGUGGUCCCGUGUCGUUCGAACUGGAGGGUGGCAUCAGAGUCCAUGCCGAGCGACUCUCCCCGUGUCAUACAUCUGUCCGCCGGCCUGACGGUCCCGGAGGAGGCGGGUGAGAACAGGCUGACGAGCCUGAUCUGCUUCCUGACGACGCCGGCGGCGGCGCCGAGACUGUCGGCGUGGAGACAGCCGAGAGAAGAGAGGCUGUCGGGCCUGACCAGCUUCCUGACGGCGCCGGAGGCGGCGCUGGGACCGUCGCAGUGGAGACAGGCGACGGCGGAGCGACCGAAGUCGACGUAGGUGGAGACGUCUGGAACGACUCUGCCGGAAAUGCCUCUAACGUCGACGUCGAGGACGCCGGAAACAUGGAGGGCCCGUACCGCACGCGAGCGGGACGGGCAACGAGGCGCUGGUGGAGAUGAGCGCUUCGGGGGGAAGGGAAUGUAGUGUAGUACCCCUCCCCGGGCCCCCCGCCGGCUGGCAGCGGCGGCCGGAGCCAGUCCGACCUUUAGCCGGCCGGGUCAGGUAACCGGGACGGCCGCACCGCGGCGCCGCGCCCGGGCCGGCCGAGAGACGGAGUCGGGUGCCCGCCGGCGAGCCGUCGGCAAGGGCGCGGGGCACAUUAGUCGAGUUGAAUGUACACUGUUCAGUCUUGAGUGUGAGUGAUGAAUGUGUGAGUGCAAUACACUACAACACUAC